CACAUUUGCGUGUCGGCCAAUCACGUUGCUUCUUAUAAACGACGCGGCGCGCACUGCGAGUCGUAGACUAUAUAGUCUACGGCGCAACGUUGUUAUUCGUGGCUGAGUUUCCCGGCGGCCAAUCAGAGCUCGCGACACGUGUCAUGUGACCGACUUUGAUUUCAAUUAACCGGUGCAGUUAAGAACAGCAAUCAAUUCAAACAUGUCGGACGACAAUGUAAACAUUAUCCACGAGAUAAACAGGUUGAAUUUAGAGUUGAAGAAGAAGCUGGAAGUAAUUUCAAAAUGGAGAGUCGAGUGUGCUCAGAUGGAGCUGGAGUUUUUGAAACUGUACACUCCUGAAUGCGUCGAGAUUCUCGACUCGCUCAAAGAACUGGCCGAUACGGAUAUCGGCUCGAGCACCGAGCCUGAUUAACUCUUGACAAUUCACACGCCGAUAUAUACGACAAUCAAUUUCAAUAAUAAAAGAUACCGGAUACACUUACUUUGAAAUAUAUUUAUUACAUUCGAAUAUAGGACACAUAGAAUGUAUUCAUGGCUUUUAUAACGCAAAGACAGACAAUAUAGAUACACGUAUUUUUCC